AUGCCGACGUCGAGGCGAAGCUCGCGGAGGGCGUCAUCGCGGGCGUCUCCGAGGAGGUCGGCGACGGGAUCGAGGGGGCGACCCUCGAUGGCGAUGACGGCGGCGUCGACGAGAAGAGCGAGCCCACGGUCGAGCUGGAGGCGCUCGCGGGGGCGGCUGGGCGCGCUGGUGGAGGGCGCCGAGCCCGCGGUCGAGCUGAAGGGCGACCUGGCGGCGCCGUCCGUACGACAGGGCGCGCCCGAGGAGAGCGCCGAGGCCAAGUGCGAGUUGGGGGCGCCCUCGCAGCGGCCGUGCGCGCUGGAGGCGACCUCGGAGCAGCUGGUCUCGCAGAAGGGCGACCUGGCGGCGCUGUCCGAGCAGCGUGGCACGCUGGCGGAGGGCGCCGAACCCAUGGGCGAGCGGGAGGUGCUCUCGAGGCCGCUGAAUGCGCUGGAGGCUCUGUGCGAGCAGAGGGAGACGAAGAUGGCCUCCCGCCACGCGUUCAGCGAGAGCUUGUUCUACUUCCUGGACGAUUUCACGGUGGCGGCGAUGAUGCGCGUGGCCAUUGGGCCCAAGUCGGGAGUUGAGUCUCUCCUGAGCUCGGCCGAGGCCCGCUUCAUUGACGUCAGGCCAGGUAGUGUAGGCUGGCCAGAUGCCGAGGAGCGUGAGCGUAUCCUCGAGGGCCGCUUGCAGGCCGUCCAGAUGCCGAGGGGCGUGGGGGGGCCCCGCGGUGAAUGA